AUGAGAAAUUUUAUUCUGCUUUCGUUCGGGGUGUUCAUGUGUGGAAGGACUAAGGUUGGUUUUUUAUUAGGUAUUUCGAUCAAAAAUUGUUUAAAAAAAAGUACUGGAGAUGUGGCUGGGCUUGAUAAAAUGGCGGUUUCCGAAAAUCCAUUUUUUUAUUUGAAAAAUAUUUUUAUAACACGCGUUUCCAUUUUCUAUGAAUCGACUGAUAAAAUGUGUCGUCAGUGGACAGAUUAUGGCGUUUUUGAACUUUCUUCUUUGUACCCUUCCUUUUUUAAUGAAGCCGUUUUCUAGGAAAAAUUGAACUCCACUGCCACAUAAAAAAAAACCAAGCUUCCGUAUUUUUCCGUUAUUUUCAACUUUUCACCUGUCCUUGCAGGUGAUGAGUGCUCCAGCGGCCUCUACCUCCUCAGAAUCCGAGAAAGAAUUCGCCAAGCCUCUGAUCAGCGCCGGAUCGUGAGUUUUCUUCUUUUUCCAUGUUCUAGAAACAUUAUCAGAUUCGCGAACCCACCAUCAUUCGAUAAAUGGGGCGGACUUCCCGGACUAAAAGCCGCGUUGAAGUGGAGAUUAUUCGAGAAGGAUCUCGAGAAUGUUCCAAGCGACUCUAAGGUUCUCCGUUUUCGAUUUUUGGUAUUUUCAAAAGUUUUUUCGUGGUUCUUGAAAACAUUCGCCUUCAUGAAAUUUCGCCAUGCUCCUUUAAAAACAUCAGGAAAGCUUUUGAACAGACUGCGCCUCUGAUUGGCUGCGAUUUCGGAGUGGGACCAGCCAAUCAUAAUCCUAGUUCGCGGAUAUGGAAAACUUGAACUUCGUUGUCUUCCAGGAGCUUGACAAAACAAUUCCAGUACAUCAAUUGACCAAAUUCGAAAGCAAAAAUGUCUCGUCGAAACUUUUUGCGUCCUGGCUUGGCCACGCUACUGUAUUGGUCAAUUUAGAAGGAGCCAAGUGAGAAUUUAUACUUCAUUUACCGUCGCUUUAAACUAUAGGUUUCCUUCAAGCAAACAUUUCCCAGGUUCAUAACAGACCCAAUCUGGGCCGAAAGAGCGUCUUUCCUCUCCUUUGCUGGUCCCAAACGCUACCGGCCUCCACCAAUGGACAUUGAGGACCUCCCACAGCUCGACUUUGCUGUUAUUUCCCAUGAUCACUACGAUCACCUUGAUGCCGACGCGGUCAAAAAGAUCACAGAGUGAGGAUCUUUCUGAUCGUUUUUUUAUAAUCUCCAAAUUUCUGAAUUUUAUUUUCUCUACUUUUUUAUGACCGCCUUAAAAAAAUAAAAAAAUAAACACGAAAACUCCGUCUGGAGAUCUGGAAGUAACAUAUUUUUCUAGAAUUUUUUGAAUCCUAUCAAAUUUACUGAGCCUUUCUGCAGAAUGUCGCCAAACAUACAGUGGUUCGUGCCGUUGGGAAUGCAAGGGUGGAUGAAGACUAUAGGAAUAUCCAAUUCGGAAGAACACCCACAUCGGGUCAAGGAAAUGAAUUGGUACUUUUUAAAGUCUAGUUCAUUCAUCGCUAGCUUGGGACAAAAAAAAAGUACUAGAUUCUCACCGGAAAUGUUAUAGUGCACAGUAGGAAUUCUGAUGGAGACUAGGGUCACUAGGCACAGUUUUUUUCACUCUAAUUUUUAAAUAAAUGCCUGAAAAGAGCUCCUGAAACCUUUGAAAAAAAAAAUUAUAAAGUUAAAAAAACAUUGAAAUUUUGAUUGAGCUCAUGUUUGGGAGGUAGAUAGAACUGGUCUUGGUGAUCAGAAAGAAACGUGUUUAUUCGAAAGAAAAAUCAGCCUAAAAGAUAUUUUUCGCUUAAGGCGUCCCAUUCUUUCAGUGGGCACUUUUUCAAAGUUUGAGUUCUUAUAAUUUCUCUCACAAACUUUGAAGGCAAUUUCUAGCAUGGAUUUCGAAUUAGCGGGAAAAACCGCACAUAACAAACUUAUAUUCAUCAAAAAGUUGUUAUAAAAUUCUUGGCAAACUUUAAAAAAAGCAUCAUACAGGGGAGAACACACUGAGAUCAGAAUAAACGAUCAAAACUUCACGAUUUGGUGUGUCCCAGCUCAGCAUUGGGGACAGCGUGGACCACUGGACAGAAAUAGAGUAAGAAUAAUACGAAAAAGAUAUUCAAGAAAGUUUCCAGCGUCUAUGGGCUGGCUGGGCUGUAGUUGGGCCUUCAAGGAGGUUCUACUACAGUGGCGACACUGGCAACUGUGACAAGGAAUUCCGGAAGAUCGGCCAGAAGCUUGGACCCUUUGACCUGGCUGCCAUUCCUAUCGGAGCCUAUGAGCCUAAGUUUCUCUUAUUUUCGAAAAAGAUGGAAAUUUAAAUAAGUUUAGUUGGUUCAUGAAAUCUCAGCACAUCAAUCCUGAAGAAGCCGUGGGAAUGCAUGAAAUGAUUCGGUCCAAAAUGAGCAUAGGAAUCCAUUGGGGAACCUAUCAUAUGGGGUCCUACGAGGUUAGUUUACCAGAAAUUCUUUCCAAAACGUCCAGAAUAUUUUUGAUGUUUUGGAUGAAGACCUUGGAGCAUAGGCAAAUUCGGAAAGAAAAAGGCUUCAUAGAAAUUUCCCUUUUAGGAUGAGAAAGGUUCCUUUUUGCUGCCUUUUUGCUCCAUUUUCUCAGCUCUUAUGUACCAUUUUUGCUCCUUUUCCCUUUUCCACCAUUUCUUGAUCCUUUAAAAUCCUAUUAAAAUGAAAGGCUCGAUAAAGGGACUCCUUUUGCUGCCUUUCUGCGGCCUUUUUUGAGCCUCUUAGCGGCCUUAUCCAUCAUUCUAACUUUGCCCGAGAAGUUCCAACUUUCUAUUUUUCGGAGCAGAAGCUUAAGGAUUCCAAAUUCUUCCAGAAUUUUUGAGCUGGGAAAAAAACAAGCUCAGAACUCCAGGAAAUUCAAAGAAUAUUUCGAUCAAGCGCAAAGGACGCUAUUAAAAUCUACAUUUUCAAAUUACAGUUCUACUUGGAGCCACGAGAAAAACUCAAAUCGAUAAUGGAACAAAGAACAGACUUGCCCAAGUUCAUCACCAUCGAACAAGGGACAAUAUGGGAAGAAGACUCGGAAGAAAGCCACACCAACAGUAGUUCAUUCGAAUAA